AUGAGCUGUGGGAAAGAUUUUGUGGAAACUCUUAAGAGAAUUGGAUAUCCAGAAGCUGAUUCACUUAAUGGAGACGAUUUUGAUUGGCUUUUUGAGUCUUUGGAAGACAGAGCCUUUGUGGAGUGGUUUUGUGGCAAUGUAAAUGAGCAGUAUGUGGUCUCUGAAAAAGAACUGCAAGAUUGCGAUAAGCUUUUGGAGUGUGGGAAGCCCAUUUUGGAAGGAAAUGCACUGGAUGAAGUCCUUAAAACCUUGAAGCCUGUGGAUUCAAAGAACAGUAGCCAGGAGGAGAAAGAAGAGGAAAUGAAGACAUUAGAAGAUGAGCUUCGAACCCUUCAGAAGUUAAAGAACCUUCAAAUUUAUCGGCAUAAUAAGCUGCAAGUUAUGAGUUCUGCAAACAACCAUUUUUUACAAACAUUAAAAAGCCAAGAGGAAGAAGCACGUAGAGAUUUGAAAGGAGGACUGGAAGUGUUUACUGCAGCAAAUAAUAAGCUUAAUAGUGAACUGCUGUUGCUUAUGGAAGCAGCUAAGAAAUUUGCCUCUUUCUUCACUGCUCCAGAUGCAGAGCAAGGGUCAGGCCUGCAUCCCGUAUUUUUUUCCCAACUUUCUUUGGACAAGUAUUUGGCUCAGGAAGAACAAAGCACUGCAGCAAUCAUCUCCUAUGUAAAAAAACAUUUUCAUCAAGAUAUGUCUGAAUGGCUCGAAAAUUCCCCCAAAGGCAGCUUUCAGCUUGCAGAUCUAAGCAACCAAGUCACUUGUGAUGAGACUGAUGAAGUCUGUGAAGAGAGGCAAGAGAUAGCCAGGCUCCAGACAGCAUAUAUCUGUGCUCAACAUCAGCUCAUCCAGAUACAAGCGAAAGAGGAGAGCAGGAAGUUGGCUCUCAGAUGUGCAGAGGACAUGCUGCAGUCCUUACACAAGGAUCCUAGGAAGCGGGAAAACCUGGAUGCCAAAAUACGGAGUUUAAAUGAUGAAAUCUCCAGAAUUAAACAAGACAUCACUCGGAUAAACAAUGAGGAGCUGCUUCCCCUUCUGAAAGAGAAGGCCCAGCUUUUGUGUGCACCGGUGGUGAAAGCAUGCUUGGAUCAUCAGAUUGCUCAGCAGGAGAGUUAUGCUUCCAGACAGGAUGCAGUAUGCAGGCAUUUGAUCAGACAGAAAGCAUCAUUUGAACUUCUUGAGCUAGCCUAUGAAAUGGAGAUGAAGAAACUUAAGAAGAUCUACUCUCACCUGGAGGGUUUGGUGGAGUCUCUGAAAAAGAGCAGCAAUGAGUUGGAGCAGAGACUGCAGGUGAUAACUGAGAGAGCUCAGCAUGCAAAGCCAAGGAGCACCAUCAGUUCAAAGGAUGGGUUCCCUUGCAGGCUGUAUCAGGCUCUGGAAGGAGACAAUGAAAAGCCCCGGUUGUUUAGAACAUAUGAAAACCUGGAGCAGAUGGCUCGGAAGUUAAAGCAGGACUGUGAUGCUGCCCAGGAUCAGCUAGCAGCAUCUUCUCGGGAACAGGCUCUCCAGUUGUCCAAGCUAGAAGGUGAUGUGGAUGCCCUUUGGGAUGCUCUGUAUCAUGGAGGAAAUCAGCUACAACUCAGAAGUCCGGAACUUACUGAGCAGUUUCAUCAACUAGAAGCUGAUUUAAAUAAACUAAAUGAACUCCUUAUGGAUCUGAUUGCUGAUAUGAAGUCCAAAAGAGACUUUCUGAAGUCCAACAAGCUCCAUCAGAUGGAAAGAGACUUGUAUGUGUAUUUUUUCAAAGAUGAAGAGCACUUGAAAGAGAUGGUGGAGCAGCUUGAGCAGCAGUCUCGGGCGAAAACCAGUGGUCUGGAAGAUCAGAACCUCACUGCCAGUGGAGUUCUUAAUGAUUAA